CAAAACAAUCACAAUGUCAGUUGAUCUUUAUUAUAUUCCUGAUAGCAAUGAUACCCAGUUACUUCUUUCUGUUCUGGAAUAUCUUAAAAUAGAAUAUAAGCCUAUUGCAGUGGAGUCUGAAGAGGAUAAGCUUCCAGAGGAGCUCUCAAGGUACAUGGUCACACCUAAGCUUCCUGCUAUAAUGCACGAAGGGUUUGGAGUUGGGGGAGUAAAGCCGAUUAUCAGGUAUCUAGUGCAGGAUAAAGAUAUCAAAGAUCAAUUUUACCCUAACGAUGACUUGAAAAAGAGAUCUUCGAUUGAUGCUUACAUUGAGCAUGAUCAGAUGGUUUAUAGAUUCAACUUCAUCCCUCUUCUCAAGGCUUAUGAAAAAGAUAGCAAAAUAUUUAAGAGAGAUGGAUUCAGAUCAGAUGAGAUCCAGGAGCUCUAUGACAAAGCAAAUACCUCUUUAGAUGUUUUCACAGAAAUUCUCUAUAGAAAUGAAGGUGAUUUCAUUCUGGGUGACCAAGUUACUCUUGCUGAUUUCUGUUAUUUCUACACUACUAAAGAAGUUAUUGAUAAGUUUAAGAUUGAUCUUGGAAAGUAUGAAGAGAUACAAAGAUUUUAUUCCUCUGUUGAAAAUCUGGUUAAAGAAAGUUAAGUCUGGUUUAUAAGUAAUAAAAUCUUU